AUGCCACGAAAACGAAAGGGGAGACGUCGUCAGAUGUAUAGAUACGAUGAAGAAAAUGGGCUCCUUGAGGAAAUAGUCAAAGUAACUUCACCUCCUGGCAAAAUCAAACUCGUUAAUCAUUAUGUGCGACCAACUGAGCCUAUAGCUGUGACUGAUUGGAAAUCUAUCAAUCGUACUUACUGUGUUGUUUGUCGAGAAGGAGGAGAGUUACUAUGCUGUGAUGCAUGCCCAGCUUCUUUCCAUCUUUUAUGUCACGAACCAGUCAUUCGACGAGAGGCAAUACCUCGUGGUCGCUGGCUCUGUAACAGAUGUCAUCGUGCUGGAAGCAGCGUGACCUCGCGCAAACGCAACAGGGCUUCCGUAAGUCCCUACCUCAUGGAUUAG